GGCGUCUCUCACGGCGUCGGAUUCCGCCGCCAUUCUCGCCUCCCCUCCUCAUGGGGAAGAGUAAGAAGCCUAAGAAGAGGUCCGCCGGUUCUCGGUCUCCUCCCGUGCGGAGCUCCUCGUCUCCGGUCCCUCAUGAUUCUCCGUCUGAUGAAGUCUGCACACUGUCGGCCCCGGGUUUGCCUUCGUCCUCUUCUCAUCCAAAGAAUGCCUCAGCCGUCGUCCAAGGGACAGGCUCAUCCAUUGUAGUAGAUCCAGUUGUUAGUCAUCCAGAUCUGGUCCAGAUUUGCGCCGAUUCUUCGCCUCUGGUCCCAAGUGAUUCUCAGGUUUUGCCUGCUCCGGCGACUCUUCCAGUUAAUGCCUCAGCCACUGUCAUAACGACAAGCUCAGCCAUUGUUAGAAACCUUGAAGUUGGCUCGCCAAUUUUAGGUCAAACCCCUGUUGUUGAUUUGAUUCAGGUCGACAGCGUCUCAGAUCCUUUGUCAGUCUCCAAUGGUGGAGAGGUUUCAAAGGAAGAGAAAGUUCCCACUGUCCCCAUUGUCCCCGUUGUUCCCUCAGCAGGCGAUUCAUGGGUGAAUUUAUUCUCUGGCCCCUCAACUAGAAGCUUAUCAAAGAAAGGCAACGGAGCUAGGAAGCCUUCAACAGCUAAAGCUUCUGCUCCUCUUCCUGCUGCUGGAAGUGUCCCUCAGAAAUCUUUAGCAAAACUCCCUCUUUUGAAGGUUGGGAGUUCAAAGCAGAUUUAUGUUGUCAAGGAGAAGCCUCACAGUCAGCCAGAGGGCUCCAAGUAUGCCUUGUCCCCAGGCGGGUCUGCCAAUCCGCUUGAUAAAGGUAAAGGAAAAGUAGAUGAGCUCUCGGGGAAGGAGCUUGUCUCCGAGGCUGAAGCAGACUCUUCUGAUGCCCCUUCUAGUGAAGAGGUUGAUGACGAUUAUGAGUCUGAAGAAGAGCAUGAGUAUCUGGAGGUAGUUUCAAAGAGAGAUCGGAGAAACUCCCGGGGCAUGGCCCCCAAAUUCCAGUAAUUGUCUAUGUGUAGAGACAUUUUU